AUAAUUCAACAGGUGUAUGCGUCAUCCGCCAUAACGUACAAAACUUGUGAAAGUGUGCUUUGUUUGUUGAAAAGUGAUUAAAUUCAGUUAAAUUUACUGUGUUUUAUUUGUGAAUAGUGUAUUAAAUGUGUAUUUAAACAUGACGGAGUGGUAUAGAUCGAAACCUAACUACGCUAAUAAACAUAACUCGUCGGAAUUGUCCGUCGAAACAUCAGGCUGUGAAAUGUCAGACUCUUUCAAUAUAUUUUCCGAAAAUUUAAGUCCAAUACCAGCUAUAGUUCCACGGAAAUUGGAUUUUACACAUAUAGAUGAUGACGACGGCAUCAGGGACGCCUCACCGGCGCCCGUGCCCAUCAGUCCUCCCUACAAGAGAGUCCGAGCGUUGAAACUGUUCGACAGCCCUCACACGCCGAAGACCCUGCUGGAGAAGUGCUCCACGCCGUCGCACCACCCGCCGCGCUCCAGGCUGUUCCCGCCCAAGCUGUCCGCGCCCUCUGGCAUGUCCGGCUCCAGCCACCACUUGCACCCGCCGUCGGACGACAGCGCGCUCGGCAGCCUGCCCCCCGACGACCCGCUAGACGACUCCCGGACUCAGCGGAGGCCUAUUGCCAACAUCAACCCCUUCACACCUGACGAUCAGUGCGCUGUAGGCAGCCUGCCCCCCGACGACCCUCUAGACGACUCGAGGACCCAGCGGAGGCCCAUUGCCAACAUCAACCCCUUCACACCUGACGGUCAAGCAUUGAACAAGAAGAAGCGAGCUCUGUCCAAAACGCCAACUGGUUGGGGCGACGCCACGCCUGAGCAACCCGCUAAGAGAUUACGAGAGUCCAACAUAUCCCGCUACAACGUCGAGUUCGUCGACCUCGGCGUCAUAGGCACGGGCGAGUUCGGCCGAGUCACCCGCUCUCUCAACCGUCUCGACGGCUGUGUGUACGCUGUCAAACGCUCGCUGCGGCCCGUGGCGGGGUCGGCGGCGGAGAGGGCCGCGCUCAGUGAGGUGCACGCUCAUGCUGCGCUGGGGAAACAUGCACACGUCGUCAGAUACUACUCAGCAUGGGCGGAGGACGACCACAUGAUCAUCCAGAACGAGUACUGCGACGGCGGCUCGCUGCAGCAGCGCCUCGAGGCCGCGCCGCUGCCCGAGCCCGAGCUGCGGCUGCUGCUCCAGCACGUGGCCGAUGGACUGGACUACAUCCACAGCCUGGGCCUGGUCCACAUGGACGUCAAACCGGCCAAUAUCUUCAUCUGCGGACGUGAGGGCGCGGCACUGGACUCUGAUGACGGAUAUGAUGAUGACAGGAUACCGACCACGCAUACUUAUAAGAUUGGUGAUCUCGGUCACGUGACGUGUGUGUCCGCGCCGCGCGUGGAGGAGGGCGACUGCCGCUACCUGCCCAAGGAGGUGCUGCAAGAGGACUUCACGCAUCUCACGAAGGCGGAUAUAUUUGCUUUUGGUUUAACCCUAUUCGAGGCGGGCGGCGGCGGCCCCCUGCCCAAGAACGGGCAGCAGUGGCACGACAUCCGCGACGGCAAGCUGCCCGACCUGCCGAGACUGUCUAGAGAGUUCAACCAGCUGCUCAAGAAAAUGGUAGACCCCGACCCUACCCAACGCCCCUCAGCGAGCCGCCUCCGCAAGCACCCCCUAGUGCACGCCAGAGACAACAAGAGCAAGGCGGCGUUGAGGAGGGAGCUGGCGGCGGCCAAGCUGAAGAAUGAACUGCUGGAGCGACGCCUGCAGGAGGCCGCCAGAUGCAUAAAGUCGCUGACGCCGAACCUAGUGGCGACAGAAUCUGCGAAAUUCCGCACAAGAUCCGGCAAGAGACUGCAAAAGCCCCGCAUCGAUGUCCAACUAGCGGAGAUGUUACAAUCAGUCACCUCCCCAGCGCGACCCACUAGGCUGUCGCGACAGAAACGAACGUAAUAUGUGAUGAACAGAAUAUAAGAACAGUUAUAACGGUAAGAGAAACGGGGUGGAUAACUGCUGUCUGAGCCAAUCAGAUAAGGCCGUUUAAUCAGCCAACCAGAGAAGGCUGUUAAAUCGGCCAAUCAUAAAAGAGCAAAUGACAGUUACAGUUUGAUAUCCGCGUUUCCGAUUGGCCGAGUGGUGGGCUUAGAGAAGUAAAGGUGUGU